AUGAGUUUUUUGUCGCGUGUUUCUUUUGCCUUACCGUCGAAUCUUUCGCUGGACAAUCUGCGCGCCGAGAGCUCAUCGAUCCGCAACCGCCUGUCUAACGUGAAGGGAGUGCGUGAGUUCUUCGCAUUCAACCGUCUUUCGCGGCCGGAGGGCUGGGGAGAUGCUCAAGCGCGUAUCGCCUUCAACCUGAGCUAUUUCUCUAGCAACUACUUGAUGAUUUUGGUCAUGCUGUCGCUUUAUUCGCUUCUUACCAACCCUCUUUUGCUCUUUGUUCUUUUCUUGGGCUUUGGUGGCUUCAUGACCAUCAGCGCCCUGGGCGGGCAGGACCUCGUCACGCCGUUUGGUACCAUUACCAGCCAGUCGCUGUACAUUGGUCUGGGUGUGAUUGUUGUUCCAUUAUUUAUUAUUGCUUCACCUCUUGCUACUCUGUUUUGGCUGAUCGGUGCUGCCGGCGUCACUAUUUUGGGCCACGCCGCGCUGCUCGAAAAGCCUCUUGAAAGUGAGUUUGCCGACCAGGUUUAG